AGGGAAGAAGCAUGGCCGCCGUGCUCAGAGGGUCUCGGUACCUAGUUGGAAGGUGUAGCAAGCAUGUUGCCUCUGUGUGCGUCUCCACAAGGUCUAUGGCCUCAAAGACACAGGUGGGGUUUGUUGGUCUGGGCAACAUGGGAAACCCAAUGGCAAAGAACCUGCUGAAGCACGGAUACCCAGUCAUCGCCACAGAUGUGUUCCCGGAGUCCUGCAAGGAAUUGCAAGAGCUGGGAGCUCAGAUUGUGGAUAAUCCAGCUGAGGUAGCCGACAAGGCCGACCGCAUUAUCACAAUGCUCCCCUCUAGUCCCAAUGUCAUCGAUGUGUACACCGGACCUAAUGGCAUUCUGAAAAAGGUAAAGAAAGGCUCCCUCCUCAUUGACUCCAGCACCAUCGACCCAUCGGUUUCAAAAGAGAUGGCUGCUGCCUCAGAGAAGAUGGGUGCAGUCUUUAUGGAUGCACCAGUAUCAGGAGGUGUGGGUGCUGCUAGUUCGGGUAAACUGACUUUUAUGGUCGGAGGAGCGGAGGAGGAAUUUACUGCAGCCAAAGAACUGCUCAGCUGCAUGGGAGCCAACGUGGUGUACUGCGGUCAAGUCGGAACUGGACAGGCUGCUAAAAUAUGCAACAACAUGCUUUUAGCCAUUGGAAUGAUUGGUACUUCAGAGACGAUGAACUUGGGAAUCAGACUCGGCCUUGACCCUAAACUUUUGGCCAAAAUCCUGAACAUGAGCUCCGGCCGGUGCUGGUCGAGUGACACCUACAACCCUGUGCCUGGCGUUAUGGAGGGAGUCCCCUCCGGGAACAACUACCAGGGAGGCUUCGGCACCCAGCUGAUGGCGAAGGACUUGGGCCUCGCACAGAACACGGCCACGAGCACAAAGACUCCUGUCCCCCUCGGCUCCUUAGCCCAUCAGAUGUACCGUAUGAUGUGUGCACGUGGUUAUGCCAAUAAAGAUUUCUCCUCCGUGUUCCUGUUCCUGCGUGAGGAGGAGGGUCAGUAAUGUCCGCCUCCAGCCCGUCCACAGCCUUGCCAGGCUCCGGCCCUGCACAGGACAAACACACGUGUGGGGGUGCAUUUCACCCUGAGGACUUUUUCUCUCCCUUUUUUUUUUUAUUUUUUAUUUUAUCUUUUUUUCAAAGUUGUGAAAGACAUGAACCCCUGGGGCGCUCCGACAUAGCGAGACGCAUAACGUGAGCACCUUUUGGAAAUCAUAUUUCCUGUGUGAUCUGUAGCCUUUUAACAAAAUAAAACACUCCUUUUCAACUUAAUAAGCAAGUGUAUUGUCAGAUAUGCAGAUGUGUGGGUUCAUGAUAUAAGUAGACUGUGAAGUAGCGGCUGCUCUGCAGAUUGCAUUUCUUAAAAUGCAAAGUCUGGUGGGAAUCUGGUGUUGAGAUGAAUCAUUAGCUCUGUUCAAGACAGAACAACAACUGUUCAGUCUCCACAUAUUUAUCUUUUGUUUGUGAUCAUGUCUUUAUGUUGCUGUUCUGUUCUCUUGACAUCGGAAAUGUUACUUUUGGAGACGAGUGUCAUGAUAUAAUGUAAGGAAAUAAAAGACAAUGUGAGGUCUAAAACUUAUUGAAUAAUAA